UAUAAUCAGUCAUUGGACAUUUUUGGCCGCAGACACACCUCUCCCGGGUUGUUUACCUAACGGUUUUACUCUAGUCGAAUUUUAUUUGAAAAUAAAAUAAAAUGCGUUACUUAACAGACACAAGCAUGGUUGGACAGAGCGAUCAGUUGUCUUCUCAAGAGAUCUUCGCCCUGGAGGACAAGUAUGGGUGCCGCAACUACGCCCCCGUGCCUGUUGCCCUUAGCCGUGGCGAAGGUGUUUUCGUUUGGGACGUCGAAGGAAAGAAGUAUUAUGACUUUUUGAGCGCAUACUCCGCUGUAAACCAGGGUCACUGCCACCCGAGGAUCAUCGCUGCUCUCAAGCAACAAGCUGAAAAACUCACCCUUGUAUCCAGAGCUUUCUACUCGGAUCAGCUGGGUAAAUUUGAGAAAUUUAUGACGGAUCUUCUUGGUUUCGACCGUCUGCUGCCAAUGAACACUGGCGUAGAGGGCGGUGAGAGUGCCUGCAAGAUUGCAAGGAAAUGGGGAUAUGAUGUCAAGAAAAUUCCGGAAGGACAAGCAAAGAUUAUCUUCGCUGAAGGCAAUUUCUGGGGGCGCACGAUGUCUGCAGUGUCAGCAUCAUCGGACCCUAGCUGUUAUAAAGGCUUUGGCCCCUACAUGCCUGGCUUCCACCUCAUCCCUUACAACAACACUGAUGCUCUAGAGAAGGCACUUCAAGACCCGAACGUAGCGGCAUUCAUGGUAGAGCCCAUCCAAGGCGAGGCGGGUGUCGUGAUCCCCGACGACGGUUACUUGAGGAAAGUAAGACAGCUGUGCACAAAGUACAACGUCCUUUGGAUCGCCGACGAAGUACAGACCGGUUUGGGUCGUACUGGCAAACUGUUGGCGGUGAACCACGAGGGAGUCAAGCCUGACAUCCUGAUCCUGGGCAAGGCGCUCAGUGGAGGAGUAAUGCCAGUGUCCGCAGUACUGGCCAACAACAGUGUCAUGGAUGUGAUCACACCCGGUACUCACGGAUCGACAUAUGGAGGCAACCCACUUGCUUGUGCAGUAGCCACUGAAGCUAUUAAGGUGCUGUUGGAAGAGAAACUAUGUGAGAAUGCCGAGAAGCUCGGUAAAAUCCUGGUUGAAGAGUUGAACAAAAUUCCCAAGAACAAGAUCACCACAGUGCGAGGCAGGGGACUCAUGUGUGCCAUCGUUAUUCAUGACAGCAUCUCAGCAUACGACGUUUGCUUGAGGCUGCGUGACGCCGGUGUACUGAUGAAGACCACCCAUGGACAGACAAUCCGCCUAGCGCCACCGCUAGUCAUCACUGAACAACAGAUCCGCGAGGGAGUCAACAUCAUUCGCACAGUACUCGAGAGCUAUGAUAAAUAAGUCCAUGCUUCGAUACACGACGACGUAACAUAUGGAUAUAACGUCCACGUCAGGAUAGAUUGUAUUUUAAAUAUACGUAUUGGGAUGUUUCCCCUAGUCAAAUCAAAUAACAGUCACUGAGACUGAUUUACACGACCUUAGUUUUCGUUUUUUUGCAGCUAUAAAUUGAGAUGCUAAAAAUUAUGACGUCAAAGUACAGUUACGUACAAAUUUGUUAGAAAAUUGAUGUUCUUGGCAUUUGGAAUGUAUUGUAUUUGGUAUUUGACUAGAUGGAAACAUACCCAUUGUAAUUUAUUGUAUCCAUCGAUUUGAGAGGAAUAUUUCUUACAGUCUAUCGUAGUUAAAGGUUAAGAGCGAAUAGUAAAUAAAAGUAAGUUGCAAAUUU